GGUGGUGUCUGCCCGUGUCACACACACUUGUUGUGUCAGUGUGUAUUUGGCAAGUGUCGCGAGUAAGUGUGUAAACCCCCUGUGGUGUUGUCGCUCAGAUUUGCCACCAACUGGCGAGAACCUCAUCAUUAGGAGAACAGCCUUUCGUCUAAAUGGUACCGGAUUGAAAACGGUGGAUUCUUGUCGAGUUCUGAAGAAAGAGUGAAAUUCGUCUGACGAACUGAGAGGGGAAGUAUCUUUGAUAUAGAAUUGAGGAAAUGAGGUGCUGAAAAAAAAAGUGAAGUAUUGAAGCACACUGCCAAUAGCUUUUGGAAAUGAUCUGAGAUUUUUCCACUUCAAUAAUAGUAUUUUCAUUCUUGCAGCUUCUCACCCAACAGUGCAGUUCAGGUGAAGUGUCAAACCAGAUACAGAAAGUUCUCAAAACGUGCGUCGCGCCUUUGUUCAGGCAAUCAGAAAAGAUUGCGCUAAAGUCAGAUAUUUAUUACUGAAUAACCUCAGGUUAAUGAUUUCAUAAUACUUUUAGAAUUAUUCAGGUGUGGGGAUUAACUAGAGUAUUAAGCAAGUAUUGUGAUUAAUAUCAGUAUUUCGUAGCAGGAAAAUUAUUAAUCGAGAAACAAAGUAAAAAGAAAAAGAGAUUUUACCUUACUCAUUCAGGUGUUUUAGAAUUAUAUCAGUAUUUUCUAAAGAGAAAAUAAGAGAGAAAAAUAGAGCUAUUGUCUGGAAACUACUUUCCUCUUGCGAAUUGCUGCAAAGUGCCUACUAAACAAGAAAGAAUUUUCUAAGAAUUGCAUUUAUCUUACGGCCCGUCAUAACUUGCGUAAGUGGAUAACGCAACGCAAAGUCGGAGUGAUACAAGAUUUUUCUCUGAAUUCAUUUGGUCUUACGAAAUAUCCGCACUUGUGUAAGCUAUCAGCGAAUACCUGAUAAAAAGACAGUUCUGUUAAAGUCACCUUCGCUUUUAAUCUAAUUUUUUUGUGAGUGAGCUACAGAAAGCGAAUAGUGAAAAGGGCCAACCAAGCAGAGGCCCAAAUUUUCAUGUGACGGCCCCCAGACACCGCCAAGGUGGAUAGACAUGGCCGGAGACUGACAGAGACCGACAUCACACCUCUCAUUCUCCACAAUGGAAGGGGCCUGAACCUAUCCCCUAAGAUGGACCCCCUAAACAGAGUUGGGGGAGGGGGAGGGGCUGGAGGGGGCGUUGGCAAAAAAGUCGAAAGUGGGGGGAUGGGCGACAGUGCUCCGGCGGGUGCCACGGGAGGAGGUCCCCGAGCUCCCAUGGCACGCAGGGCCAGUUUGGGCAACCAGCCGAUGACUGAGAGGUGGGUCUGCCCCAACGAUCGGCAGCUGGCCCUCAGAGCAAAACUGAAGAUGGGCUGGUCCACCAGUCAGCCGGCUCCUGUGCAGAGGCAGGAUUCCCUGUCGGAGGCCGAGACCAAGAUGAUCCUGGAGGUCAUCAAGAGGGCUGAGCAGCUGGACAUGAACGAGCAACAGAGGAUAGGGCGCCUGGUAGAGCGGGUGGAGGCAAUGAAGAACCGCGUCCAGGGAAAUGGGAACAACAAUUGCAUUCUGUGCGGGGAAGGUCUCUCCGUCCUCAGGACGUCCAGUCAAGUGUGUGCCGACUGCAACAAGAGAGUCUGCAGUAAAUGUGGCGUUGAGAACCCCACCGCUACCGGGGAGAAGCUGUGGCUGUGCAAAAUCUGUGCAGAAACCAGAGAGAUGUGGAAGCGCAGUGGGGCCUGGUUUUUUCGUGGCAUUCCCAAACAUGUCUUGCCGGCUUCCGGCCCUUCCUCGGCGCCAAGUACGACCAAAAGGAGUCGCGCCCCGCCUAGGAGGGCCCACACUCUUGGUGUCAAAGCAGGAGGGGACUUUGACACGGACACGAGUUCGGAAGAGGAGAACCAGCGCCGUCUUCGCCUUCAGAAGGCAGCCAGCGAGACCGUUCCUCAUGAUGGCGACAAUCUCCCUCCUGCAAACAGCCCAAACCCGCCUCGUUCAAGAAGUGUGUCGCCUUCACCGUUCCGAUUCGACUCGUCCGAUUCCGCGGGCGGAGGCGGAGGCUCGGACGACCGAGCGUCCGAUAAGUCACCCGUCUCCCCCGCUGCAGGAACUCAACGUGAUUUGAGCCGCGCCCCGAGCCGUGAAAGCACGGGUGGGGGUGACCCCGGAGGACUUCUUUUAACCCCGUAUUACUCCCCAGCACCCCACUCACCCCACCAGCUCAGCCCGCGAACGGAACUCCGACGGGAUCAAGCGAUUGAUAGAUCUCCUUCCCCGCUGUUGAGAGUUGCCUGGAGAGAUUCAACGAGAGGGUCUAACUCAUCCGUGAGUGAUUCUCCAAACCUGAGUCGCGAGAGCAAGGAGGAGACGGAACCCGAGAACAGCACACCGGGCACUCCCAGUAACGCCAUGACCAGCUCCGUCACCGAGGGCCUAUCGGCCUCCCCAUCUGCUUCUACCGCGGCCACUCCGAGAAGUCCUCACCCUUCCCCGCUGCCCAUGAACAGGAGCAGCAGUAGCAGUAGCAGCGGAAACAUUGGGGGAACGGCUCUCUCCUCCCCGACGGUCAAUGGUUUUCGGUCCAGGAGAGAGUCGGAGGCUUCCAAGAGCAGUGACGACCGGAGGCAUCCACCGAGGCUGGGCAGAAACGCUGGCGGCUCCAGGGAAUCAAGGGACUCGAGGGACUCCCGCGAUUCCCUUUUGUCAAGGGACUCGUCCUCAAUCAGGGACGAGGUAACCAGUAGCAGUAUGGACGACGUUUUCCCGGAGGAAAAGAACGCGAAUACGACCCUCGUCAACAACAAGGAGAAGGAAGGUACCAUAGGAAUGGGAACGGUCGAGUUUUCCCUGCUGUACGAUUCCCACAACCAAGCUCUUCACUGUACGGUGCACAGUGCCAGAAACUUGAAGCCGACGGACACAAGCAGACAAGCAGAUGCUUACGUGAAACUUCAUCUUCUACCAGGUGCUAGUAAGGGCCUCGACGAAGUAAUCCCCCACACCCGGAGGUGUGGACCCAAUCAGCAGAGUAACAAGUUACGUACCCGGACGGUACCAAAGACGGUCAAUCCGGAAUUCAAUGAAACGCUUACAUAUUACGGCAUCUCGGAUCAGGACAUGGCUAGGAAGACCCUGAGACUCACAAUCCUGGAUGAAGACCGAUUUGGCCAUGACUUCCUCGGGGAGGCUAGGAUUGCCUUAAAGAAAGUUCGACCUCACGAAACCAAGCGCCUGAGGGUUAACCUUGAAAAGCGGAUAAGUCUGGCGGAGGACGAAGUCAAAGGGGAGACGGAAAGGGGGAAAGUUCUGCUGAGUCUCAAGUACGCCACCCAGAGGAACGCCCUCAUUGUUGGCAUCGUUCGAUGCGCACAUCUUCCUUCGAUGGACUCCAACGGGUUUUCGGACCCUUACGUCAAAGUCCAGCUAAAGCCUGACCCCACCCACAAAAAAUAUAAGACAGCAGUCAAGUGGAAGAAUCUCAACCCAGAAUUUAACGAGGAGUUCAUCUUUGAAGUCAGGAGGAACGAACUGCCCAAGAAACUCUUGGACAUCCGCGUCUACGACAAGGAUGUCGGAAGAAGCGAUGACUUUAUAGGUGGUCUUCAGUUGUCCCAAGACAGCACAGGUACGGAACUGCGUCACUGGUACGAUGCCCUGCAGUACCCUGACCGAAGACACGACAGAUGGCACCAGCUGCAACUUCUCAACGGCAAAUAAGUACCCAAGAGGAGGCACCAUCAGGUCAAGGGUCACGACUUCGCAACAGAAAAGUCUUGUGUCUGUGUGACCUAAAAAGAAGUUGGUUUAGCAGGACACCUUCUGACGAGAAAUGACAUUCUGUGAUACACCGUAAGGAAAUGUUUAAACUCUACAAAUAAGGGUUGAUCCAGAAGAGGAUAUGGAUGUAAAAAAGGGGUAGACUGAGAAGAAAACGGUUUUUGCACUAGCUAUGAAAACUAGAUUGUUUAAGUAAAUACGUAUUGAACCUCACCAAUGAAGUCUUUUAUCGAGGCAAGAUAACUCCAUUUUAAGCAGUCUCAUAAAAAUAUGGAAGCCACCAAGACAGAUCGGUACGCAGAGCAAUUAGGACACAUCUUAAAUAUAGGUGAAACCUCUCUAGAGGAGAGAAGCAAUAAAGUCUAACCUUAAAAGGAAACGCCUGUGAAUACUGGGAAAGAGAAGUUGCAGGAACUGCAGUGAAUCUAUUUUGUAUAACCUCAGUCUACAAAUAUUUAAUGACUAUUUAGAAGAAAACAUUAUAUUUGAUAUUAAGAAUAGCAAUCUUGGUGGAACCUCUCCUUAUCCUGUCCUCUUCGAACCAAAUCCACGGCAGAUGCCACACUUCUCCACUGAGUUGUCGAUGUAAUCUUAACCAACCCAUAGAUGGCAGUAGUGUCCGGUUUUUUCUUUUUGCGAGCGUUCUUCUUCUGCCAAUAUUUUCCCGUUAGUUAGAAAGUUAGCAAAACCAACAGAAUCAGAAAGACUACUAUCUAUCCUUCGUGGUAUAUAAGUAAGAGAGUAUUUUCUGUAUUGCAAUAGUUUCCUUAAGUCUGUCUUUCAUAGAUUAUGAUAACUUUGUAGAUAUCGUGUGGUUGUGGAAUAAAACCCUAUGAUUUAGGUAAAUAGAGAAGAGCUGGAGUAAUAUUUCUGUUUUGUGAACAGAGAACGCUGUCUUCAUUUCCAUAGGCUUUGCUUAAGUUUAGUUCAGAUUAUCUGCAACUGCAUGGACACCAUGAUUCCUUAUACAUGUAUGUGUGAGUGUGAAUCUGCAUAAAUGUGUGUGUGUAUAUAUAUAUAUAUAUAUAU